AUGUAUUUGGCCCUCUCCUGGUGCCCACCCCAAUAUGCGGCCGACGCACCCCAGUUCAAUUGGGACGAUGUUUCUGACACGGCUGAUGAGGGAGCCGAACCGAAAGACGCUAACUUCGUUGCUGUUGCUGGCUAUGAGGCAGUUGCUUUUGAUGAUGUUCCUGUCGCACCUCCUACUUAUGAGCCAUCGCCACCUGAACACAGACCGGAAGAAAAGUUUGAAAGUACUGGUUCAAUUGAUGAAGCUGCUGUUCGAAGUGCGAUGCAAGAUUUUGUGGGUGGACAUUGUUGUUACGGAUAUAAGCCGGCGAACGAAAUGGAAUUUAAGACAAUUACACCUUCUAGUGCAUUUCAUUACCACAUCGAAACUUUCACUGAGGCACGCACAACAAAACGGGUGUUCCUACCAUUCUAUGGUGGCAUUUUAGACGGACCUCAGAUGGGUACAGCACCUUUACCAUGGGCUUUACCAUGCAAACCAGACGCAUUAUUCAUGGAUCAAAUAAAAAUGAUGGAAAUUCCACACACUUCUGAAAUUCAGGCUUGCUAUAACUGUUACGCAAGAGGGUUCAUUCGAUGCAAACGUUGCGUAGGAAAAGGAAAGAUACUUUGUCCUAACUGCAAAGGUGCUGGAACGAAACGAGUGCACCAUGAUGGUCAAAUGGUGAACAGGUGUUGCGCUGUUUGCAAAGGGAGUGGCAGACCCAAUUGUGAUAUGUGUAAUGGUCACGCAUGCGUCGCAUGUCCUGUCUGCAAAGGAUAUAAAUUAUUGCGAUAUUUCAUUAAGCUUUUCAUAACAUACACAAAUCACAAGACUGACUACGUUCACGAAAAUACAGGUCUACCCGACAAUCUUAUAAAAAAUGUCAACGGCAAAUUACUGUUCGAACAGUCUGCACAUCAGGUGUGGCCGGUUUCAACAUUUCCCGUACCUGAAGUUAAUAGUAACUCUGCUAGAAUUGUGGAUUUGCAUCGGAGCGCCUGGCCAAAUAAGAGAAUUCUCCAGCAGCGUCACAACCUACGCUCGAUUCCAGUGAGUGAAGUGGAUUACACAUGGAAAAGUGUUCAAUCUAAGUUCUGGGUGUAUGGCUUUGAAAAUCAAGUUCACUGUCCAAAGUAUCCUCAGUCGUGCUGUUGGGGUUGCAACAUUCUCUAAAAAACGAUUUUUCUCUAUAAAUAUUGCUUGGCUGCAACAUUGUUUAAAAUGUAAAGAGGUAUUAUUGAUAAAUAUUCCUCGAGGCUGCAACAUUUAAAGCGUGGUGAGGCUGUCACGAAUUCUAAAGACUUUAUUGAGGCUGCAACAUUGUCACUGAAAUUAAAUUGUUGGGGCUACGACAUUCCAAGAGGUUUUACAGGAUCCGCAACAAAGCCCUUGAUGAGCAUCGCAAUAUGGGCUCCCGGCUGAAAUGUUAUAAAUGACUGUAAUGUUCUGUAGGAGGAUUGUCAGGGGUUCAUGCUGGGGAUGUUUUAAAGUCCACUAGUUUGAUAGACCUGCUAGAUUAUAUAAGGCUUUUCUGGGAUUCUAAAUAUUUUUUUUUUAACAUAAAGUAUUAUAACAGAAUAAAUACGGAAAUAUCACUAAUAAA